CCUUUGAAAUCGUAAAUUUCCAUUCCCAUUAAAAAAUAAUUUGUACUGUAUAAGUAUAUUUCUUUUGAGCUUCAUUUUUUUUUUCAAAAUACUGCAACAUGAGCUUUAAAUUAUGACACAGUACAAUACUUGUUUCAAUAUUUACAUGUAAAUAAAAUAAUCCUAAUUACUUGUAAAAGUAAGGUUAUAAAUUUAAGAAUACAGAACUCUCUUUUAAAACCAAAGUGGCAUUAGACUAAUUUUAAAAUUCCCGCUAAAAGGAAAAAGGUAAAUCUGGCAACAGUGCCGUCGUUUGCUGGACAUUUUAAUCUCUCCCCUACGCCCUACCAUAGCCACCUUUACUUUGCCCUACCCAACCUGUUUGUUUGUGUAUUUGUGUUCUGUGUUCUGUUCCUGUUCGUUGGUCGUCACAUAGCCGUAGUGAAAUAAUUGAUUUAUUUGAUUUACAUCUUUAAUUUACAAUUUACUUACAUAUUUCAAAAACAAAGAAAAUGGGAUGUAGAUUAACUAUUAACUAAAAGGACCAUGUAUGAAGACCAGUAAAUAUUAUUUGUACAAUUAUAAAGAAAAAAAUACAGUAAUUCACAAAAAUAGAAUGGACAGAAAAGAAGAAAAUGAAGAUACAGUAACAAAAAUCAAGUUUGAGAAUAGUAUUUUUGUCAAACCUGAAUUCAUAAAAAACGAACCUGCUCCAGUUGAUCAAAAUACUCCUAGUGAAGACUGUGGACAUGGAGGUUCUAAUAUUAAUUUGGACCAAAUUAAAACAGAAUUAUCAGUUGAAGAUAAUAUGGCAUUUGAACAGAAGGGAGGUGACUUAGGAUUCCAGUAUUUUAAUAGUGAUGUUGAUAAUAUAAAACUAGAGUAUACUGCUAAAGGAAGUCAAAGCAGUGAACAUGUUGAUGAUGCACUUUUAGAUAGCUUGAAAACUGAAAUUAAAGAGGAGCCUGAUAGAGAAAGUACCCAAGAUACGUUUGAUGACUCAGACUUAAAUGAAUACUCGUUAAAAAUUGAAAUAGAAGAAAAUGAAACUAAAUUUAUGCCAUAUGAAGAAAAACAAAUGAACGAAAAAGACUUUCUCCAAGAGAAGAAGAGUUUGGAAAUUAUGAACACAGUAGAAGUACAUUCAUCUAAUAAAGAACAACACACUACUCAUACUGCUGAAGAAAAUUCAUUAAAAUGUGAAACUUGUGAUUUUCCCCAAGAGAAGGAGAGUUUGGGAAUUAUGAACACAGUAGAAGUACAUUCAUCUGAUAAAGAACAACACACUACUCAUACUGCAGAAGAAAAUUCAUUAAAAUGUGAAACUUGUGAUUUUCCCCAAGAGAAGGAGAGUUUGGGAAUUAUGAACACAGUAGAAGUACAUUCAUCUGAUAAAGAACAACACACUACUCAUACUGCAGAAGAAAAUUCAUUAAAAUGUGAAACUUGUGAUUUUCACCAAGAGAAGGAGAGUUUGGGAAUUAUGAACACCGUAGAACUACAUUCAUCUGAUAAAGAACUACACCCUACUCAUACUGCAGAAGAAAAUUCAUUAAAAUGUGAAACUUGUGAUUUUCCCCAAGAGAAGGAGAGUUUGGGAAUUAUGAACACAGUAGAAGUACAUUCAUCUGAUAAAGAACAACACACUACUCAUACUGCCGAAGAAAAUUCAUUAAAAUGUGAAACUUGUGGUAAGCAGUUUGAUAGAAAAAAUAAUUUAAAUCGACAUAUGAGAAUUCAUACUGGGGAAAAACCUUACGAGUGUGACAUUUGUCUUAAGCGGUUUUCUCAUAAAAAUAAUUUGAAAACUCAUUCAAGAGUACACACUGGAGAAACGCCUUACAAGUGUGAAAUUUGUUUUAAGCAGUUUAACCAAACUAGUAAUUUGAAAAAUCAUUUGAGAGUGCACACUGGAGAAACGCCUUACAAAUGUGACAUUUGUUUUAAGCGGUUUUCUCAGGAACGUCAUUUGAAAACGCAUUUGAGAGUGCACACUGGAGAAAAAAUGUACAAGUGUGAAAUAUGUUUUAAGCAAUUUACUCAAGCGGGAAUUUUGAAAACACAUUCCAUAAUACACACUGGCGAAAAACCUUAUAAGUGUGAAAUAUGUUUUAAGCAGUUUUCUUAUGUACAAAAUAUAAAACAACAUAUGCUAAUACACACGGAAGAAAAGCCAUACAAGUGUGAAAUUUGUUUUAAACCGUUUAGCGCAUCACACCAUUUAAAAAAUCAUAUUAUAAGAAUGCACACUGGACAAAAACUUCACAAGUGUGAAAUUUGUUUUAUGCAAUUUUAUGUGGCAAGCUCUUUGAAACAACAUAUGAGAAUGCACUCUGGAGAUAAUGAUUAUAAGUGUGCAAUUUGUUUUAAACCGUUUAACACAUCACACCAUUUGAAAAAUCAUAUAAGAACCCACACCGGAGAAAAACCUCACAAGUGUGGAAUUUGUUUUAAACAAUUUUCUGAGAAAUCUAAUUUGAAAAAACAUUCGAGAGUACACACUGGAGAAAAGCCAUUCAAUUGUGAAAUUUGUUUUAAACAAUUUAGUGCGUCAGGAAGUUUAAAGGUUCAUUAUUUAAGGAUACACUCUGAAGAAAAGCGGUAAAAAUGUGAAAUCUGUUUAAGCAGUCUAUUUCAGCAACUACAAAAAGGUCAAAUCAACUGAAGGGCAGUGGUUCGAUAAAGAGUAUCGUAGCAUAACAGAGAGAAAAAAUAAUGUAUAUCAACGAUUACAACAACGACAGAACACGACAGGCACAUGAGGAAUAUAGAAUGUUCAGGAGGGAAGAGAAGAAAUUACAUCGCAGAAAGAAAAGAGAACACAUAGAAAAAGAACUCCAAGAAAUGGAAGAAUUAAAUAAACCAACAGAAACCAGAAAAUUCUUCCAAAAACUUAACAAAAGCAGAAAAGAAUUUAAACCAAGAAAGAUGAUGCGCAGAGACAAAGAAGGAGACAUAGUAACUCAACAGAGUGAAAUACUACAAAGAUGGAUAGAAUUCACGAGGAAACAAUUUUCCUGUUGUUGUAUGUAUACCAUUACAAAAACAUAAAAUCCUUUAUAAAAGUUAUAUUUGUUAAAAUCCCUAUACAGGUGCGGGAGCACGCCAAAUAGAAUUCUAUUUUAGUGACGUCACGUUGUCUAGCAACCGUCGAUUCUCCCAUUAUGAAAUUCUAUUUUGUGACGUCAGCAAAAUAGAAUUCUAUUUGGCGUGCUCUGGGCCCAGGACUACAUCAAAGACAUAACUAGUUUUCAAUCGGUUGACCGAUCAUCAUCAGUGUAAUCCGCUAUCAAAAUCACUUGCUUCCAUACAGCCAUGAUGUGAACUAUUCAAAUUGAGCUCAUUGGUACAUCGAGCGUGAAACAUUGGAUAUUUUAUACAUCCAUGUUCAAAACCACAUCUUUUUCAUAUGUUCCUAUGACGGAUUAAUUAUAAAGGGUUUAUACCCAAAUAUUUUUUACUUUGGUGGUUAGCAUGUUAGAUUCUGAGAUUACACUGAUGAUGAUCGGUCAACCGAUUGAAAACUAGUUGUCUUUAAUGUAGCCCUGUAUAGGGAUUUUAACAAAUAUACCUUUUAUAAAGGAUUUUAUGUUUAUGGAUAGAAUCCUUCAAAGAAAAGUUUGAAAAAAACGGAGAUCCACUCUACGAUGGAAUUAUACUGGAUCAAACGGAUACCAGAGAAACAACCCCCCUUCAGUAGCUGAAAUGCAAAAAGAAGUUACCAGACUGAAAAACAAUAAGUCACCUGGAUUAGGCAACAUUAGCGCAGAAAUAAUAAAGGAAUGCGAUACACGAACUAAUAGUUAACAUAUGGAAUAAUAAACAACUGCCACAAGACUGGAAUACCGGAGUAAUUAUUCCACUACAUAAAAAGGGAGAUCAGCUUCAAUGUAAAAACUACCGGGCAAUAACACUACUGAAUGUGGCAUAUAAAAUACUAUCAAAUAUUGUGUAUGAGCGAUUGAGACCAUAUGCGGAACAAAUAGUUGGGGGAUAUCAAUGCAGGCAGAAGUCCACAAUAGAUGAGAUCUUCGUCUUGAGGCAAAUCUUGGAAAAUACUAGUAAAUUUAAUAUAGACACACAUCAUCUCUUCAUUGAUUUUGAGAGUGCCUAUGAUAGUAUCCAUCGAGAAUUUCUGAUCCACUGCCUGAAAGAGUUUAAUAUUCCAAAUCGACUCAUUGAUAUAGUAAAAGAAACAAAGUAAAAUUCGAAUUCAAAAUGCACUAACAGAUACAAUCCAUGUUAAAACGGGCCUACGACACACAGUGGUUCCAAAUGCCGAAAACGUGGUCAUGAACCUUUAAAAGCGUAUAUCGUUUAUACACUUCGGAAUUACUUUCGUACUCAAAGGUUUUUGGCAUCGCUGAUUACGAAUCUGAAAUUAUUUUUUCUGAAAAACAAAAUGGCGGAUCCAACAUGGCGGAAAGAAAUUGAAAAUAUCAAUCACAGCGCAAAUUUUUUUGAUAAAUUUUGUAGUUUAAUGUCGCUGAUAUUACAGAUAUAACAUUAUUUCUUUUUAAAACAAAAUGGCGGAUUCAAUAUGACAAAAAGAAAUUCGAAAAUUUUAUGUUAAACGCAUAUUUGUUUAAAAUUUUAUAUUAUAAGGGACUUUUGAAAUUACUGAUUACCAAUACAUUUUCUUUAUAAAGUACAAUAUUCAAAACCUAUUACUUAUGUACAACCACCCAUACAUACUCAACAAUCGCCAGAAUCAUGUAAUAUGCGUCAUUUCCUACUUUUGUAUUCAAACAACUGCCAGCAGUGCAUAGACAGUUAUAGACAGAUAAAGCAAAGUGAUUCGGUAUCUUGGUACUAUAUACAUAUUUUAAGAUCAAUAAACACUAAAAUUUUGAUUAUUUCAGGUAUAUUUUUACUAUUUAUGCAUUAACAAAUUAAAGGCAUUUAUUGUUACUAAAUCUUAAGUUAACUUACAUCAUACAUUACUACAUACUUAAAAAAAGAAGAAUCUGCUUUACAGCAAUAAAAUUGAUAAACUAAAAAACGUUUUACAGCGUGUUGAAUAUACACGUUUUUUUCACUUUCUCUGCCGGCCAAAAUAAUCUUGGACAUGGUUCACUUGUUCCUAAGCUAUGAACCAGAAUACAUCCAGUUUGAUCCUUAUAGCUGCGUAUUACGACUCUACGAUAGUAUGAGAAAACAACUGUAAACAUGAAAAUCCCUAAAUAAGGACGUUUUAUUUUAGCUCAUGACCACGUUUUCAGCAUUUGGAACCACUGUGCGACAGGGAGAUGCCCUCUCCUGUAUUCUAUUGAACAUCACAUUAGAGAAAAUAAUUAGAGUCAAAAGUCAACACCAGAGGGACAAUAAUAACAAAAAGUGUACAAAUAUUGGCAUUUGCAGAUGAUGUUGAUAUCAUAGCUAGAAGCGAAAGAAAAAUGAUAGAUGCAUUUAAUGCGAUAGAAAUAGCGAUAAAAAACAGUGGCCUAAAUAUUAAUUAAAUAAAAACCAAAUACAUGAAGGCCAGGAAAUCGACAGGCCAAAGAAACCUACAGAAUCUGACAAUAGGAGUUCACUAGUUACCGCAGAUAACAAUGUCAGCGAAGAAGUUAAGAGAAGAAUACACAUUGCUAAUAAAACAUAUAAUGGACUAAUUAAACAUCUAAGAUCUAACAUCACGAGAAAAACCAAUGUAGAAAUAUUCUACAAAAGUUAUGCGGUACCACAUGGGGUUGUAAUUGUAAUUGUAAUAUGUAUUGUAAUUGAAAGGAAUUUCGAAAUAACCGACCG